CAGCAAGGACCAAAAAAAAUAUGCUUAGAAAGCACAACGCGCUUGAGAUGCUACUCUCCAAGCAUUCAGUAGCAAGUAGUGGCUUUUCCCAGCCUAUUCUCCCGUUGUAAUACACAGCACCGCAAGCCUUGGAGCAGGUAUACGGUAAAAGGAGAGAGGCAGAGGAUCGAAUGAUGAAACUGUCCGGACAGCCUGAAUUUGAGUAUGUAGGUUUCUGAGGGGGCGGGGCAUGUCAUCCGAUCUUUCAGGUUGAUUCUGAGCCAAAGUGAAGUCUGAACACAGAGGAGGUCAACAGGCUGGGCAUAAAUAACCCAAAAUUUUGUAGCUCGCUUUUCGCUUUCUUUUUCUCUCCCCUUAACAACAAAGGAGCUCUCCUCCGCGCCCUCGUCGGCGCCGCAUCGUAAGUCUGCACAUAUCUCAACACUGAUCCCAAGCCCCCUUAUGAACAUUCCUACGAUACCCUUUCCUUUUCCCCCCCUAUUGAAUUCCCGCGACGAAAUAUCGUUGCACGCCGCGUGCGCAGCCUGCGGGUGCAAGCGUGCCUGCAGGUUUUGGCGCGACCGCUACCAUCCCCAGUGGCUCGUGAAUUCAAUCGCCAAAUCAGUGCUCCCUCCCGCCCCAUACACCUCAUGUGUUGCCAGGCACAUUUUAACACUCGAGAGACAGCUUGCCAGAUCACUUGGCAGGACUGCUUUGCGUCGGAUUCACGUCCAACGCGCUCUCUCUCUCAGCUUUGGCCGCCGUACUCGUGCAUUCAUGGGCAAAAAAGUACAGCAUCCAGCCAUCUUCCCAAAUUGCUCUUGCAAUCCAGAUUUCUUCGGGAAUGCAUCCCAUGUCACCGCGCAUUGUCCAUGUCCAACUGCUCUCAAAAUCGGACGAGUCCUCGACAAGACAGAAUCUACAGCGUCUCUCAAGCAAUUUUGCCAUCCCAACCGAGAGAUUUUCCGCCAUCGACACAGCUUUCAAGCUUCGGAGACGACAUGGCAGACCCGGUCACAGCCUCACACAUACUCGGCAAUCUCACCAGUGCGCCACUCAAUAAACCUUGACCCCCAUCGACAAAGGUUCUGGGCCUCGAAGACAGCAAGCGAGACUUGACCGGAGCCUGACAUGCGUUCGACAUUUUCACCAAUACCUCAUCCAACAAGCACAUCUCCCUAUCGACAAAACUUUCAAGGCUUGGAGAUUGCAAGGCAG